CUGAUCCCUAAAGCACUACCAGGAUUUAACCAACUCCAGCCCUCAUGGAUCUGAAGGACAGCACCAGCGAGGGCAGCAUGGGCAGCCUGCAGCCUUCCAGCAUUCAGAUUUUUGCUAAUACCUCCACGCUCCAUGGGAUCCGUCACGUCUUCGUCUACGGGCCGGUGACCAUCCGGCGCCUGCUCUGGACCUUGGCUUUUGUGGGCUCACUGGGUCUGCUCCUGGUGGAGAGCUCAGACCGGGUGGCUUUCUACUUCUCCUAUCAGCACGUGACCAAAGUGGACGAGGUGGUGGCAAAUAGCCUGGUCUUCCCCGCUGUCACCAUCUGUAAUCUCAACGAGUUUCGCUUCUCCCGGCUCACUACAAAUGACCUGUACCAUGCUGGAGAGCUCCUGGCUUUGCUUGAUGUCAACCUGCAGAUCCCCAACCCUCACCUGGCUGACCCAGCUGUCUUAGCCAUUCUCCAGGAAAAGGCCAACUUUAAGCAAUACAAACCGAAAGUUUUCAGCAUGCAGGAGUUCCUCGCACGGGUUGGUCAUGAUCUCAAGGAUAUGAUGCUCUACUGCAAAUUCAAAGGCCAAGAGUGUAGCCAUGAGGACUUCAAAACUGUGUUUACAAAAUAUGGGAAAUGCUACAUGUUUAACUCAGGAGAAGAAGGACGGCCUCUUCUUACCACUGUUAAGGGUGGGACAGGCAAUGGACUGGAAAUCAUGCUGGACAUACAACAGGAUGAAUAUUUGCCAAUAUGGGGAGAAACAGAGGAGACGACGUUCGAGGCUGGAGUCAAAGUUCAGAUCCACAGCCAGUCUGAGCCACCAUUCGUCCAAGAGCUUGGCUUCGGUGUGGCCCCUGGUUUCCAGACCUUUGUAGCCACCCAAGAGCAAAGGCUGACCUACCUGCCUCCGCCGUGGGGUGAAUGCCGCUCGUCGGAGAUGGGCUUAGACUUCUUUCCCGUUUACAGCAUCACAGCUUGCAGGAUCGACUGCGAGACCCGGUAUAUCGUGGAGAACUGCAACUGCAAAAUGGUUCACAUGCCAGGGGAUGCUCCUUUCUGUACUCCGGAGCAGUAUAAGGAGUGCGCAGAGCCAGCCCUUGGUUUGCUUGCUGAAAAGGACAGCAAUUACUGUAUCUGCAGGACACCCUGUAACCUAACCAGGUACAACAAAGAGCUCUCCAUGGUCAAGAUCCCCAGCAAGACAUCAGCCAAGUACCUGGAGAAGAAGUUCAACAAGUCAGAAAAAUAUAUCUCAGAGAAUAUUCUUGUGCUGGACAUAUUUUUUGAAGCACUCAACUAUGAGACGAUUGAGCAGAAGAAAGCCUAUGAAGUGGCAGCCUUACUUGGUGACAUUGGAGGCCAGAUGGGACUAUUCAUCGGUGCUAGUAUCCUCACUAUACUAGAGCUCUUUGAUUAUAUAUAUGAGCUGAUCAAGGAGAAAUUGUUAGACCUCCUGGGCAAGGAGGAAGAGGAGGGGAGCCAUGACGAGAACGUGAGCACGUGCGAGCCGCUGCCAAACCACUCGGAAACCAUCAGCCACACUGUGAACGUGCCCCUGGGGACGCUGGAGGAGAUCGCCUGCUGACAGCGGCCGCCAGCCCCGCCGCGCCGCCGCCUGCGGAAGGGAACCCGCACGGGGAAGCGGGGACCGAGCUCAGGUUUGCAACGGGGGAAUUAAAAAAUUUAAAAAAUCAAUAAAAUUWAAAAAA